CCCCGAUCCUUCAGGCUGUUGCGCUGUUGUAGCUGACAGACAUACUUCAUAUCGUCACACUAGCUCAGCAUGGACUUUCUGCGCAAUAUCGCCUCGGCGGCGUUACAGUCCACAGGUGUCUCGUUCCCAUUCACGAUCGGCGAUCGAAUACCGGGCACAGAGGGCAAGACGAUAUGGGACAUCAGGGAGGGGGUCAAGAAGGACGACCAAACCCCCUUGACUCUGUUCAUCUUCGAUUCUACACUUCCACCAUUACAACCCGGGAAUCGGGAUCGGAAAGCGCUGUUCAAUAUCGCCAGGAACGCGUUGAAGAAGCUAAGAUCCAUUCGACAUCCUAAUAUCCUACGCUAUAUCGACUCGCUAGAGACCGAGACCCACAUCUACAUAGCCACCGAACGCGUCCGCCCGCUCUCUGCAGCCCUGACCGAUUUCACCAACUCGUCGAUUAUCCCCUCCUCUUCCCACCGAGAACGCGCGAAACAAGAAUGGCUAGCCUGGGGUUUGAAAUCCCUCUCCACAGGUCUGGCGUUCAUCAACGCUACUCCUCUUUCACAACAUCACGCGCUAUUAGGGUUAGAUAACGGGUCGGUCUGGGUGACGCCGGCGCUGGAGUGGAGGUUGGGAGGGUUCGAGGUCUUGACGGGAAUGGAAGAUGGCCAGGGUGUACUUUGGGGUGCGGGAGGACUGAUAGGCAAGGAGGUCGGGGAGGUCAGUGCGCCGGAAGUCAGGAAGAGCGGUUGGGGGGCUUUAAGAGACCAAGAUCCAGCGCUCUCAGAUACAUAUCUCCUAGCACUCCUCAUUUACCAGCUUUAUAAUCCGGACAGGCCUCUCCCCAGCCUCUCUGCCGCCCCGCAACUUUCCACAAUCGGCUCGGUCCCGAAAUCCUUGUUUCCGGUCUACAAACGCAUGCUCAACCCUAAUGCCAAGACCCGGCUUGCGACGACGCGGUUCGUCAGCGAAGUGGAAUCCACGGGGUAUUGGCAAGGAAACAACCUGAUCGAGCUCGUCAACUCGCUGGAAGGGUUCGAGCUCGCCGGAGAGGCCGACAAGAUCAGCUUGCUCAGACGGAUAAGGGAGAGUCAAGAUAUCCUCCCUCCGCCGUUCUUGAUCUCCAAGAUCCUACCUUCGCUAUUACACUCCCUCUCGUUACCCUCGGCACCGGCAUCACAUAUCCUCCCCCUCGUACUCAGCAUCGGAAAAAAUGUGCCUCCGCACAGGUACACGGCGACGGUACUCGACCCGGUCGUCAGGUUGUACGCGAGCCCAGAUAGGGGGACGAGGAUGGCCCUCCUAGAAGGCUUGGCGGAAUAUGGGGAGAAGUUGGAAAAGGGGAUGGUUGUGGACAAGGUCUGGCCGCAUUUGAUAACCGGAUUUGCGGACACGGUGGCCGUCAUCCGGGAGGCUACUGUAAAGGCUAUCCCGAUUAUCGCCCCCAAGUUGAACGACAGGCUACUCAACAACGACCUCCUCCGGCUGCUCGCCAAAAUGCAAGUCGACCCCGAGCCUUCGAUCAGGACAAACACCUGCAUCUUGCUCGGCCGACUCGCCCCUCUUCUGGGGCCGAAUACCAAGAAAAAGGUCCUCGUACCCGCUUUUGCGAGGAGUUUGAAGGACACAUUUGUGCAUGCCAGGGUAGCUGGAUUGAUGGCUCUCAUGGCGACAGUAGAGUUUUACGACAAGGACGAUAUAGCAGGGAGGGUCAUCCCGAAUAUGGCUUUCACGAUGAUUGACAAGGAGAAGCUGGUAAGGGACCAGGCGUUCAAGGCGAUGCAGGUGUUCAUGGGCAAGCUCGAGGCGGCAGCUGCAGCAAUGCCCGAGACGGCGAUGAAUGACAAUGUCCCUUUUGGCGCCGCCAACGGACCUUCCACGACGACUCAAGCCAGUGCCGCACAAGCUGGAAGCAACAGCCUAGUCGGUACAGCUGCAGGCGCGGCAGGCGCGUUGGCAGGAUGGGCCAUCUCGUCCCUGAACAAGCAACUUCCUUCCAACGAGGCGCACAGUCAAAUGUCGGCUACUCCGGCUCAAGUGCAAAGGCCUCUCGAGCUGCCUAGACCAACGUCCGAGAUCUUCAACUCGACUUCAAACAUGCCUUCGCCAGCUGUCUCUCCUCGACCGAGCUUUGGGGAUGUGUCUCGCCAAUCUCCGGCGUCGUCCGCGUCCAAGCUCGGAGGUGCUGGAAGAUUCGGGGCGUCCGCGGCUGGUAGUCGGGCAGGCGGGAUGCAACUCGGAGGCUCAUCGCGGGUCAAUCAGAAGCAACAGAAAGAGGUCUCUUCCCUCGCCGAUACGCUUGCGGCCGAGUACGAAGAGGAGGAAGGGUCGGUCGGGGACGCUUGGGGCGAUGGGGAUUUGAUGGAUGUCAAUGCCGAUGCGGAUGAUUGGAGCGCGUUCGAGGCGGCACCGGUACCCAUGGAGGUACGGCCUUCGACGAACGGUUCGCGCAAGGGGUCGACAUCACUGCGCACUUCGACCAUUGCCUCACCUCAAGUGGACGACGGAGACGGAUGGGGAGAUAUGGACCCGGUGCAAGAAGAUGCCGUCAUACCAGAAGUCAAGAUAACGAAACCCAUCUCUACGCCAAAACCAAAACCCCAGCCCAAACCGGUCGCCGCGGCGAAAUCCAUCCCUGCGCCAGUGAUAACCAACGUGGACGCACCCAUCGAACCCGCUCGAGCACAAUCGCCAGCAAUCAGUAUACCCGAAAAACCAGCCACGCCACCGGUCAACUUGGCUUCCAUGAGCAAGGAGGAAAAGGAGAAGGAGAUGGCGCGACGGAGGGAAGAGAGGAAAGCCAAAAUCGCCGCGAUGAAAGCGGGCAAAAAGGCAUAAUCAGAGGGCGCCAGUCGAUACGUCGCGCAUUAUCACCAUUGUAUCCCAACGAUCCGAGGCUCCCUUUUCAUGACACAUUCACGAGCUUUCCUGUAUCCGUGACUUUUUAUGACACGGUCAACCAUCCUGG